AGUUGGUGGUGGUCAAUGAAAUAGCGUGAUUUUCACGAACCAGUGAUUUUGCUAGUGAUUUUAAGGCAAAUUUGCAUACUCGUCUCGUAAUUUUUUUCUAAACUGUAAAUAUUGUAACAGUAAUUAGUGAAUGAUCUUGCGCGCGUGUGUCAAAGCGGUCAAAGUGCGUGCAUACAUACAUACAUACAUACAAAAAAAGGCAACUGCGCUUGUGUGGUUGUGUUAAACACUCAUACGCCCACAAAUACAAUCGUAAUACUUUAGUAGUAAUUCUCUCGCCAUCACUAUCGGCUGCUGGUUGAUUAACUAAAUUCAUAUUGUAUAUUUGCAAUUUAAUUAAAUUUUUUAUUGGAGAAUUCAGUUGCAGUCCGAUCGCUGUUGUGUGUUGAUCGCGUUUUUUUGGUGCGCAGCAUUUUGAGCGCGUGUGUUGCUAAUUUAUUUGACCGUGGUUCGUGACAGUUAAUAUUUGCGCAUAUGUACAUACAUAAAUAACUUCCGUUCGCUGACGUGAUUAACGUAAUUAAAAAGAGUUUGUUUUACAAUUAGAAAACAAAACAAGUAAACAGACUAUAAUUAAAAAAAUUAAGGCACACAAACACAUACAAAUAUGGCUAUCGAAAAAGCUACACUCACUGAGAAGAACAACGUAGCAGUUUACAAUGCGACCACAGCGCCGAAGAAACCCAAGCGGCGUGAUAAGUCUGACUUGGGUCCGGAUUUUGUGGCGCCCGAUGGCGGUUGGGGUUGGGUGGUUUGCGUCGCAGCUGGUCUGAGUAAUUUCUCACUUUUCCCGCCGCUGCAACAGUUUGGUUUGAUCUACAGACAGCGUAUGGCCGAUUUGGGCUUCACAGCAAAAGAAACAACAACAAUUAUUAAUGUUGUAAUGAGUCUUUCAUCCGUAGUGGGAAUUGUCAAUGGUGCCAUGUUUCGUCGCUUCACAUUCCGUCAAGUGGCCAUUACCGGUAAUAUUUUAGCAUUUAUGGGUAUUUUACUAACUGCUUGGGCCACAACAUUUUGGCAAUAUAUAUUGUGUCUGUCGAUGCUUUAUGGUUGCGGUUUAGGUCUCAGCAUGGCUGCCGUAUCGUUAGCGGUGAAUACAUACUUUAAAAAUCGUCGUCGACGCGCUACCGGCUUUACCUGGACCAUCACCGGUUUGGGACCCAUCAUCUUUCCACAUGUUUCAACGAUUUUGUUAGUGCUCUAUGGCGCACAGGGUACAAUACUGAUCUUCGCUGCGGUUACGCUUAAUGCCUUUAUCUGUGCCUUGACAUUGCAACCAGUUUUAUGGCAUACGAAGAAACCCAAGGCAGUCACCGAUGAAACGGCAAAUGACGCUGAAAAACCACUGGCACCCGUAAACGAAGAGGACGAAUAUAAAUGCAAAUAUUGUCAAUAUAAGGCACAACCGAAGCGUAGCAUCUUCGCGUCGCAAUAUCUCUUUAAUGAGGAUGAUUUGGAAACACCCGGCUAUGAGAUCACCGAACCCGGCACACCGAUGAUGGCACGCGCCAACGACGGUUGGUUCGGCUCGAAGCUGUCGCUCGCAGCGGAGAUGAGUCCAACACGCCUGCGUCGUAAGGUUAUGCGACAAGCUUCGAUCAAAGCGCAUGCUAUAGCCGAUGCAGAUCAGAACGACGACUCACGCUUGAAUAAACCGAAUUACUUUAAUCGCAUGCACGAAGAUUACGAACGUUAUACGAGCAAGACUAGCGUCUAUUCGAAAUCGGAAGAGUUUCACUGCACAUGCGCCGAGGAGAAGGCGCUAAUGCAAAAGAUUUCCGAUGAGGAAUUGAAACGUGAGCAGGAGCGUCUAAAGGCCGAAGAGGAGGCCGAAGAGUUGGCUAAAAGUAAAAUGACUUUCGCACAGAAAGUGGUGAAAUUUUUCGAUUUGGAUUUAAUGCGCGACUUCACCUUUGUAAAUUUGGUCUUGGGCAUGACCAUUAUGAUGUUUGCCGAAAUGAAUUUCUCCGUGCUGACACCCUUUAUAUUGAAUGAAUACGGUUUCAAUAACAAACAGAUUUCCCUGGCCAUGUCUGCGCUGGGCGGCAUGGAUAUUUGUGUGCGCUUCUUGGCGCCGUUCGCACUCGAAAAGGUCAAGCUAGAUAAUCGUGUAUUGUUCGCUUUCGGCAUUAUUGCCAUCGCCAUUGGACGCAUGUUUGUCGCCUUGUCCAGUUCGUAUUAUGUUGUAUUGACAUUUUUCCUACUCAUCGGUUUUGGUAAAGCUUUCCGCACCAUCUUCUCGCCGCUCAUCAUACCGUCGUAUGUGCCAUUGAAGCGUUUGCCGGCUGCGUCUGGUUUGCAACUGGUUUUCAAUACCAUAUUCUCCUUGGCCGCAGGCCCUGUACUAGGCACAAUUACGGACGCAACCAGUUACACAAUCACCAUUCACGUGCUCAAUGUGUUAACUGCUGUGGCUUUAUUACUUUGGACCAUUGAGUCGGUGGUGCGACGCAUGUUGGGCAAGAAGGGCAAAAUUGCAAUGGAAGGUUAAAGGUUCUGGUUUCAAAAUUUUACACAACUUUGUAGACGUGGUUGUUGCUUUUUUUGUUAUAAUUUUUGUUUUUAUUUUUGAAAGGAUGCUGAGUCAAUGCCCAGUAAAUUUUUAUGCUUAAGUUCCACAUUAGGUUGUUUGUACAAUAAGCAAAGUGCCUAUACUUAAGCAUGUGAUUGUUUGUGUGUGUAUGUGUGAAUUCAGUUUAAUAUUUGGUGUAUGUACUUGUAAUCCACAACUGCUUUAGGUGUGGAGAUAUUGCUUUCAGAUAUAUAUUUUUUUAGUGCUACUACUCAAGCCCUACUUAAACACACACAU